CUUCGAAGGUCUUUUGUUUUUAUAGAUUCACAAAUAUCUUCAAUUUUUCACAAGAAACAACUAUUGGGUCAUUAUCUUGCUAUUCUUAAGCUUCUAAAGAAAAACAUAAUAAAAUUUGGCAAAUCAACGAAGUUAAUUUCAGAUGCAAUGUUAGAUAAAUUUAUUUUCUUUAAACAAAAAUCUUUGAAAACUUCUCUAAUUUUCAAUAUAUUAUUUCGUAAUAGAAAAAAGAAAAUAUUCCUGUAGUCAAUAUUAAAAUAAAGAAGAGGCGUUUUUCUUUUCAUCUAUAAGUUAAGAAGUUUUUAAAAGUCAAACUUUAUAUGAGAAAUAAAAGAGAAUUUCUUUUUUAUAAAAUAUUAACAAAAUAAAAUAUACAUUUCAAUCUAAGCGGCUCAUCGCAUGUUUCAUUGAACAUAAUAAAUAAAAAGAAAAUCUUAUUGCAACAAAAUAUAAUCAACAUUCUACUACCAUCGCUUUCAUUGUCAAAUAAAUACUCAAUGCAUUCUAUUUUUUUUCAGAUAUUCCAUGAAAAAAAACUUCAACUUAAAAUAAACAUUGUAAGUUUUGACCUAAAUAAAAAUUUAUGAUAGAAUUGAUUUAUUUUUCUUUUAUUCAGAUUAUUUUUUUUUGUUUUCAUUGAGAAAAAUGAUUACCAUACAAUGCACAUUUGGUGAGUGAUUGAAUAAGAAUAAAAAUAAUAAUUAAUUUUCUUUAGUUUUUCUUUUUCUUAUUACUUUAACAAUUAUUCAAACAAUAUAUUCAUUUGAUAUAAUUAAUAAUGAACAAAAACUAGAUGAAAUUCGACAAAUUCCCUCAGUAUUAUUAUCAUCAUCAUCAUUGGAAAAACAAACAAAUAUUCGUGAAUGUUUAUCAAAAAAUCAUCUUUCAAAUAUAUUAAAUAGAAAUCGACGAGCAUCAAUAUCUCGUCCAUAUUUUAAUUAUUGGCGACCAACUCGUGAUAAUGGGCGUUAUUCAACUAAAAAUUCAUUAGCAUUUUCACCUCGUUUAGGAAAAAGAGCAGAUGAAAAUAAUAAUGAAUUAGAAAAUAUUGAUAAAAAUCUCGUAUAUCGAUCAAAUGAUUUUGAUACAUUUCUUGUAACACUUGUUGGUAAUUUACAAGAUAAAAAAAUUGAUAUUAUUUAUGAAGAUUCAACAAAAAUUUGUUUAUCACAACCAAUUAAUAGUGGAUUUAUUCAACAAGUUCUUGAUAAAUUUAAUCUAAAUCGACGUUAUCAAAGUGAACAAGUUAAAGAAGAAAUACAUGAAAGACAAUCAACAGGAAAACAUCCAGUACUUUUUCGUUAUCGUCUUGGUUAA